CAGGACUCAAUGCCCGCGCCCUCGAUGCGGGCAGCGGAGCGCGGGGCGGCGACGAGAGGGCAGCGGCGGCAGUGACGGCAGACCCUGGUGGGACUGAUCACUCGACAGCACACCUCUGGUGCACCUGCAGCACUGCCACUGGUGGGGAGCACAGCAUGAGCUGAAGCAGCCCUCGAGGACAGCCGUGUUCUCAGGACCACAGUGUGGAUUUGUCUCACUUCUGCGAGGCUUUCCUCUGCUAAACCGAUUGCAAUGAUCCUGGCUCAGCCUUCUGCCAUCUAAUGUGUGUGCCAAAACUCGCAGCCCCGCAAUAGGCACACGCUGACCGCCCUGCAGAGCAGCCCCAGCCACAGCCAACACUGGACCCGCUCUGCUGUGCCGUUCAUGGCAAAGCCCCAUCACUUAACGGGGGAGAAUGGCUUCCACUUCUCCCAGCCUCUCGUCUUCCCCAGCCCAUCCCCUGUGGGUGAGGACAGCUCAGCCUUCGAUUCGGCAAGCGGCACGCCACUGAGCAAUGGCACUCCCAGCGGCGCCGAGUCCUGCGGGCUGCCCCUCUGCGAGGCCAAAGGCAUUAAAUACAUCUCAGCCGAGCAGGAGGAGCUGGCGUGCGGUUGGGGAGGGUUCACCCCUGGCUGCUUGCAGCUCUUCAACACCUCCAAGGGCGUUUUGUUCUUCCUCUGCGUGGCUUCCUUCCUGCAAGGCAUGACGGUGAACGGUUUCAUCAACACGGUCAUCACCUCCAUUGAGCGUCGCUUCGACCUGCGCAGCUACCAGAGCGGGCUGAUUGCCAGCUCCUACGACAUCGCCGCCUGCCUCUGCCUCACCUUCGUCAGCUAUUUUGGGGGGAACGGCCACAAGCCACGUUGGCUGGGCUGGGGCGUGUUGGUGAUGGGCCUGGGCUCCCUGCUCUUCGCUUUGCCCCACUUCACCACAGGCCGCUAUGAGGUGCGCUCCUCGGCUGAGGUGGGCGUCUGUGCCGCCAACCAGAGCCUGCCAUGCUCUGUGGCUGCCUCCGGCCUCUCCAGCUACAGGUUUGUCUUCAUGCUGGGGCAGUUCCUGCAUGGGAUGGGAGCCACGCCGCUCUACACGCUUGGCGUCACCUAUUUAGAUGAAAACGUCAAGACUAACUACUCCCCUGUGUACAUUGCUGUUUUCUACACUGCUGCAAUCCUUGGCCCUGCAGCGGGUUAUCUGGUAGGAGGAAUGUUUCUAAAUAUUUAUACUGAAAUUGGCAGAGAGACUGACAUCUCCCCAGAGAACACGCUGUGGGUGGGAGCAUGGUGGAUCGGCUUCCUGGGGGCUGGAGCAGCCUCACUCCUCAUCUCCAUCCCCAUCCUGGGCUACCCCCAGCGCCUCCCAGGGUCGCAGAGGUAUAUUGUUAUGAGGGUGUCGGAGGCUCAUCAGCUGAAGGAUGGGAGCCACAAAAAAGCAUCAGAUCCAGACUUUGGGAAAACAGUUAAAGACCUACCUCGAUCAGUAUUGCUGCUCCUGAAGAAUCCCACCUUCAUCUUCCUUUGCUUAGCGGGAGCGACGGAAGCCACUCUCAUUGCUGGGAUGUCUACGUUUGGACCCAAGUUCUUGGAGUCUCAGUUUAGUUUAAGUGCCUCUGAAGCUGCCACCCUUUUUGGCUAUCUGGUUGUGCCGGCUGGAGGCGGAGGCACAUUCCUGGGAGGAUUCCUUGUGAAUAAAUUUAAACUCCGCUGCUCAGGAAUCAUCAAAUUGUGUUUACUUUGCACAGUGUCAAGUCUGCUAGCUAUUUUCAUUUUUUUCAUUCACUGCCCCAACAUGCCAAUGGCAGGAGUAACUCAGAUGUACAACGGAAGCACUUUGCCUGGUGGCCAGCUGAACCUGACAGCAGUGUGCAACGCAGAGUGCGGCUGCCUGCAGGAGACCUACAGCCCUGUCUGCGGUAGUGAUGAUGUUAUGUAUUACUCUCCUUGUCAUGCUGGGUGCAGAAAAGUGUCUGAAAACCUCCGGAAUGGCAAGAAGGUCUACCGUGAAUGUAGCUGCAUUGAGAAAACUCUCUUGCUUGGCCCUGGUGAGGCAGAAGCAGGGAAAUGCACUUCCCCUUGUGCAAAAAGGACUCUGCUGCUCUUCUUCAUGUUCGUGGUGAUCCUCUUCACCUUCCUGAGCAGCAUUCCUGCCCUGACUGCAACGCUACGGUGUGUCUCCGACAGACAAAAGUCAUUUGCACUUGGGAUCCAGUGGAUCGUGGUCCGAACGCUAGGAGGUAUCCCUGGCCCCAUUGCCUUUGGGUCGAUGAUCGACAAAUCCUGCCUGCUCUGGCAGGACCAGUGUGGUGAGCAAGGCUCCUGCUAUGUGUACCAGAACUCAGCCAUGAGCCGCUACACCCUGGUCACCGGGCUGGUCUACAAGGUGCUUGGGACAACCUUCUUCACCAUCGCCUGUGUGCUGUACAAACCACCGCCGACAGAAUCAGCCCCUGGCAGCUCAGACACAUCAGAAAAUAACAAUGGGGACCUCCAGGAAACCAAACCUUCGCUCCCAGCUGAGGAGGAUAUAUGAGGCUGUGCACAUGCCAGUGACUUUCUCAGUCUCGAAAAUACGACAAAAAGACAUUAUGCAGCCCCAAAGUUUUUAAUUAUUAGUAAUAUUAUCACUUUUUUUACUUCAAGAGAAAUAAUUUAAUUAAUCACUGGUGUGCUUGCUAUUUUCUUAACAGCAGAAGCACAUUCCAAGCUGUGUGCUGAUGCAAUAUGCAGUUAUUUAAUUUUAUUUAAAGAAAGGGCUACCGUAGUUUUAUUCUCUGUCUGUGACAAGCAAGGACCAUGAUCUCCAUGAGUGGAAACAGACACCAGUAACUCCAAUGGAGUGAGUGGGGUUGAAGCCACUAGAGGAUCCGGUCCCUACUAUCUCAGUUGUAAAGCCAACUGUAGCAAAACUUCCCAUGAGACUUCCUUGCCUGAAAAGACACCCGCUGUCCUGCAAUCUGCAUUGUAAAGAUGACUGGCCCUUAAACUCCUGGAUGCAAAGCAGACAGCCCAGCCAGCACUGUCUUCCUGCAACACACAGCUUCACAUCCGUUCGUGCUGGUGUCCUCCAACCUUUUUGUUUAGAAGCAGAGCAUCUGGUUAUGCAAGCUGGUAUUCCUGUGCAAUGGGAGAUAGGAUUGGAUGAGGUUUGUCCAACAAAUCCAUCAGUACACUACAGGCAGAGAUCCUUGGGAGCUGCUGAGCACUGUACUUCGCUGCCUUGUUUCCUGCAGGGUUUACAUCGUGGUGACACUUCAUUUUUUUGUUGUGUUGUUGAGAGGUGAUGCCUUUUGCAGUGUAGUGUGCAAAACUUUACUGUGUUUCUUGCUGUUUGUUGGAUGCAGGAGAAUGUGAGAUAUGGAUCUAUGUGAUGCUUCUCUUCGGUUGCCCUGUACAAUGUUGGUUUUGGGUACAUGCAAAAGUCAGAAUGGAUUUAUUUUUCUCUUGACUGCUAGCUUAAGGGAGAGCUCACCAUAAUGACAGACUGCUUUAUGGAAAGGAGAUGCUGACCUAUACCCAGUGUGUGCUUCAGGCAGAGAGGGCAGGGUUCCCAAAAUAGCUUUGAGUGUGCACCUGCAAUACUGACCAGGGGUAAAGGGGGGAAUUUCAGCAUCCAGCAGGAGUUUCCCUGGCUUCCCCUACAGCCCCCAUUGGGUCAGAGGCUCCGUCUGCCUGCAUUUGCACAGCCUCAAGGUUCAGGUACAGCUGUGGAGGAUGGGGAGGGCUGUGGGCAGCCCUGGAGGUGCUGCACUAAAACUUCUGUUGAACAGGACAUGUGUUACUGAGCUGCAUUGCUGGCACUGCUCUGUGCCAGGUGCUGCUUGCAAUUGCUUUGUGGUUGUUUUGUAUAUUUUGUAUAUUUAUGCCUUCGUAAGCAGACAUGUAAUGAGCAUUUUUUUUUUUCCUUUGGCUGCUUAAAACACUGUCAGCUGGUGCAGCAUGAUGAUGAAGGGCACAAUGAGUACAGAAUGCAGGAGAGCCCUGCUGUCCCAGAGGGUCAGGAUUGGACACGUGGAUGCAGGAAUUGACCUCAGCAUCACCCAGACACCAAAGGCUUCUUCACAACCUGGCCUGGUUUUUGAGGCACCUGCAGACAUGAGUUUCUCUCCCCUCUUUGCCCUUCCCAACUUACAGAUAUUUUGGGUACAAGCAGGGAUCUCAAAAGGGGAAAACGCAUGAAUGUAUUUUGGGAACACGUUUUAUGUAUGAUGUAUUUAUGAAAGGUAGAAUUUUUUUUAAUAUAUAAAUAUAUAUACAGAUAUCAGAAUGCAAUCCUUGUGC